GGGGNGCUGGGGCUCCUGGACUCUCCCAUCUUCUGAGGUGAGGACGCCGCUCUGCGGGGAGUCUCGGAGGGCGGGGCUGUUUCCCGUGGCUGACGUUCCGGGUCUGGGGCCGAGCGUCCUGAAGCGAGGGAGGAGAGGAUCGGGUGCCGGGGCCCCUCGUCAGGCGCUCCAGGGCAGCUGCCCGGCGGUCCCCACCAGAAGCAGCAGGACGGGCUUUGAGAAAAGGAAGGGUGCGGGGAGGAGGCCAGGCCCGGCCAGGUGGCGCGGCCGGAGGAGGACGAGCGUGCUGGCGGGCGGAGGGGAGCGUCCCCGGGGAGAACCGCCCUGUUUCCGGGAGGCUGGUGAAGUCUUAACCCUCUGCUUUCCGGAACCGCCGAGGGGAGCCGGCGAGCAAGUAACCCAGUUACCUGUGUGCGGGUCAGCCCCGUGCCACGUUCAUUCACUGUGUGUGCUGCCGAGUGACCGCUCUGAUGGUGUCUUACACAGGCUGACAUUAAAGCUUCCGUCUGCCAGACUCGGAAACGGUGGUCGGGAAGCAUGGGGAUCCGGGAGAGACCACCGCAGGAUUAGUGUCCUCGGACAGGAGCUCUGGUAAGGAAACAGGAAGAGAAUGAGUGAUAUUCCACCCAGAAUGGAAGUGUGUCCUUAUUGUAAGAAGCCAUUUAAACGAUUAAAAUCCCACUUGCCCUACUGUAAGAUGAUAGGACCAACCAUACCUGCUGAUCAAAAAGUAUAUCGGUCCAAGCCAGCUACACUCCCACGUGCUAAAAAAAUGAAGGAGCCAAUGAAAGAUGUAAUUAAAGCUAAAGGGAGAGAGUUAGAGACAGAGAGUGAUGAAAGAAAUACUAAGUUGAUAAGGGACAAACCAGAACAGACAAAUAAAUCCUUUCCACUACUGGCUGUUGGUUUAGAAACAUCAAGUACUAAAAAGGCAGAUAAAGACAUCAAGAAUCAAAUUCAGCUCUCCUUCAAAAUGUCAAAAAAAAUAGAACCAAAGAUUACUUUCCAUGGAGAAACUAAGUCUCAGUGUCAUGCAUCAGAGAACACUUCUCCUAAAAGAGAACUUGCCAAAGAUUUGCCUAAAUCAAAGGAAAGUAGAUGUACUCCUUCAGGAACUGAAGCAUCUUUACUGGUUGGCUCAAUGGAACCUUCUUUGUCAAAUCAAGAUAGAAAAAAUUCCUCAGCCAUACCAAAUGAUGUACAAACCACUUCUGUUAAUCUGAAAUUGGACAAAACUGAUCCCCAAAGACAGGGACCUCUAGGAAAAUUACUAGAUUCACCUACUGGUGAUUUCCAUAGUUCUUCAAAGAACCUCAGGGAUGAGGUUAAAAGAGUAAGCACACCAUUGUCCAGCAAUGAGAGCGGUUCCAAAGUUAGGGAUCAUCUCUCUGAAGUCCCUACUGAUCUUAGAGUCACUGAGACUAAGGAAAAGAACACAGAACCACUCAUCUUAGGCCUUAAAAUUAGCCCGUUAGGUAAAAUCCAAGUCAAGGAGAACCAAGAAGAAGGACUUAGUCUUAGAGUAGAGGCAUGUGGGAGCAGCAGAAAUGCACAGAAAAUUGUGUCUGCAACAGAAAUGCAAGAAUGGACUUUCAUGCACCAUGUGCCCAAGAACUUGAGUACUGAUGAGGCGACCACAGAGAAGAAAUCGCAGGGUGAAGGUGCACAUUUCAACUUGUUCACUCCAAGGGAGACAGCUUACAAUAAAUUUCUUCCUGUGUCGCAGUCAAGUAAUCAAAGUCUUGCCUCUUUGGCUAUAAAAUUUCUCCAAGAAGAGAAAGCACAAGUUUGCAGUCAUAAUCCUAUUCCUGAUAAAAAGGCAUUUAUGGAGAGUAAGAGACAAGCUUCUGUGGAACCCAAAUCUGGCUGUGAGUCCCAAGCAUUGCAUGCUGGGUGCCAGCGAUCUUCACAUUCAGCCCAGCAUUACGUUUCUAAAAACCCUUUCGUCAAUCAUGUUGCUGUUGCUGACAGGAAGACCCUUCCAAGCUCCAUGGGGCUGGAGUGGUUUCCAGAGCUCUAUCCUGGUUAUCUUGCACUAGGGGUGUUGCCAGGGAAGCCUCUGUAUUGGAAUGCAGAGCCCCAGAAGCUUCAGCUCAUCGGUCCCCAGGGGGGAAGACAAGUUCCUCUGUUGGAAAGAAGUUCGACUGAUAAAAGGAGUUUGGAACCCCCGACCAGGCUUACAACCUCCAACUUUUCUCUAAUGAGGCUCUUGGGAGCUGUACAAAAAGGCUGGAUCAGGGGCAGCACCGCCAUAAAGAAGAGUGGAGUUGGUGGCAUCACAGUAUUCUUGACGGGAUCCUUCAUCUUUUGUUGUAGCUGGAGUUUCAGGCAUCUGAAAUACAACCUCAAACUCUCUGCAGUCAACCCUGAUUUGGCUGGGGGUAAGAGAGGAGCUGUGGCUGCAAGAAGUGAUUGAUUCAGGAUCAUCUCCCAAGUUGGACGGGAGAUGAUACACACAGUCCGCUUGCAGCCCUAGAACUGCAGAGCACAGCCUGCGGGGCCAGGGCCACCUUCUCGACUCAUCCUUCAAUCUUACUGCAGAAAGAAAUAUUAGAAAGCUGCCUCUGCACAGCCAUUUCUCAAGCCUACCCACACGGAAACACUUGACUGGCCAAAAAGAAGCACCAGCUUUCUCAAUCAACUGGGUAAUUUAAAAUGUAAGUAUAUACAUUUCUCCUUAUGGAACUCCCCCAAUCUUUUUGUUGUUGUUGUUGUGAAUAAAAACCAUGCGCCCUGAAAACAUUUUUAUUUGUCUUAAAUUGUUAUGUUAAAAAAAAAAAGUAAAAAGACAAGGUGUCUCACUCCUCCUCUAAGAGCAGUGGUUUUUAGCCCCUAAGGGGACAUUUGGCAAUGUCUGGGGACACUUUGGACUGUCACAGUUUGAGGGAGUGCUCUGGCCUCUAGUGGGCAGAGGCCACGGUUGCUGCUAAAUAUCCUAUGAUGCACAGGUCAGUGUCCAACAGCAGAAAAUGAUCCAGCCCCACAUGUCAGUAGUGCUGAGGUUGAGAAGCCCUUCUCUGGAAGAAUCUGAACUGUGUCUCCUGGAUGAACGAGGUGGACCACCUGGGUCUGGCCCUCCACAGACUCGGUUUUAUUGCUCAGACCUUGGCAUCAAAGCCCUCAGUUUAUACACACUGAGCAACCCUACAGGAAGCGGCCCGAUGGUGUUUGUGUGACUGCGUCCGUGUCUUAGUCCAUUCAGGCUGCUAUAACAAAACACCACAAACCGGGUUGCCUAUAAACAACAGAAAUUUAUAUGGGACAGUUCUAGAGGCUGGGAAGUCCAAGACCAGGGAGCCAGCAGACUCGGUAUCUGGUAACGGGCUGCUUCCUGGAUCACAGACAGCACCUCCUCGCUUUGUCCUUACAUGGAAGAAGGGCCGAGGGGUCUCUCUUGGACCCUUUUUAUACGGGCACUAAUCCCGCUCAUGAGAGCUCUGUCCUCAUGACCUAAUCGCCUCCAAAGGCCCCACCUCCUAAUAGCGUCACCUUGGGGGUCAGGAUUUCAACAUGCCCAUUUGGGGGGACACAAACAUUCCAACCAUAGCAAUCUAAGACUGU